AACACAGUUUGGCCGUACGCGAAAUUCGCUGUAAAAAAUUUUCAGUUAAUUUUCUUAAUUUGCAAUUUUAAUGAAUUUAACUUAAGUUUUGGUGAUAAAUCAAUUAAACAAUAUGACGUCCAGUGAGUUAUAUGUUAAGGGUGCUCGCGUAUGGAUUCCAAAUGUCGAUUUUGUAUGGGAAGGUGCGAUUCUUGAAAAAGAUUACAAACAACACGACACGAUUGUUUAUGUGACAACAGACAAAGGUGAAAAGCGCGAAAUCAAAAUCAAUGCUGAAAAAGAUCUUCCACAUCUAAGAAAUCCUGCAAUUCUAAUCGGUCAAAAUGAUUUGACUGCACUUUCAUAUCUUCACGAACCUGAUGUUCUUUACAAUCUUGAAGUUCGCUUUAAAGAACGUCAAGUUAUUUACACAUACUGUGGGAUUGUCCUUGUGGCAUUGAAUCCAUAUCAAGAUCUUCCAAUUUAUGGUUCAGAUAUCAUCAGAGCUUAUCGUGGCCAUGCCAUUGGCGAAUUGGAACCACAUAUCUUUGCAGUGUCAGAAGAAGCUUACGCUGAACUUGAGCGUGAGAAAAGCAACAUCAGCAUCAUUGUGAGUGGUGAAUCAGGUGCUGGAAAGACUGUCAGUGCCAAAUACGCUAUGAGAUAUUUUGCAGCCGUUGGUGGGAGUGAAUCAGAGACACAAAUCGAACGAAAGGUUUUAGCAAGUAGUCCGAUCAUGGAAGCUAUUGGAAAUGCCAAAACAACACGCAAUGAUAACAGUUCGAGAUUUGGAAAAUUCACAAAACUCUUAUUCCAAAAUGAAGCUUCAAUGAUGUCAUUGACAGGUGCUACAAUGCAAACAUAUCUUUUGGAGAAGUCUCGUGUUGUAUUUCAAGCGCCUGGGGAAAGAAACUAUCAUAUCUUUUAUCAAAUUUGUGCUGGUCGUAAUAAAUAUCCCGAACUUAUGUUGGAACAUCAAGAUAAGUUUAAAUUCUUAAAUCAAGGUGAAUCACCAGACAUUGCAAAAGUUUCCGAUGAAAAAGAGUUCGAUGAAACUCUUGACGCAUUAACAACUUUAGGAUUUAGUAAUGAUGAGAUUAAUAGUAUCGUGAGAAUUCUUGCUGGAAUUUUACAUCUUGGUAACAUUAACAUUACGCACAGAACUGGAGGAAACCAUGAAGAAGAUUACGAAUCGUGUAGCAUUGCAAGCAACGAUUUGUCACUCAACAUCGUCAGUGACAUUUUGAGACUUGACAAAGACGAUUUAUUGCAAUGGUUAACAACACGUCAAAUUGAAUCAAUCAACGAUACCGUGAUGAUUCCAAUGAAUAAAUCAUCAGCUGAAGGAGCUCGUGAUGCUUUAGCUAAACAUCUUUAUUCAAAGCUUUUUCAUUUUAUCGUGCAAACUGUAAACAGAAACUUAAUGAGUGGAAAGAAUGAAGACAGUUUCAUUGGAGUCUUAGAUAUUUAUGGUUUCGAGACCUUUGACAUAAACAGCUUCGAGCAAUUUUCUAUAAAUUACGCGAAUGAAAAGCUUCAACAGCAAUUCAAUCAACACGUCUUCAAAUUGGAACAAGAAGUUUAUUUGAAAGAAGGAAUUGUUUGGACAAUGAUAGACUUUUACGACAACCAACCGUGCAUUGAUUUGAUUGAAUCGAAACUUGGAAUUCUUGAUCUUCUUGAUGAAGAGUGUCGAAUGCCGAAUGGUUCUGAUAGUUCAUGGGUUGGAAAGUUAAAUGAAAAAUGCAAAAAAUAUAAACAUUUUGAUAAAACACGCUUUGGAACUGGAGCAUUCCUGGUAAAACACUUCUCAGAUACUGUUCAAUAUGAAUGCCAAGGUUUUCUAGAAAAGAAUCGUGACACGGUUUCAAAGGAGCUUGUAAGUGUUGUUCAAUAUUCAGGCAUGGACUUUUGUCGACGUUUAAUGUUACUCGAUGAGAAAGAAGACAAAACAAGCGAGAAAGAAAAAUCAGCAACAGUUCCAGGUCGUGGUGUUAAAGUUGUUGUAAGCGCAUCGAAACUUCAGAGCUCUAAACAUGAGAUGAAAUCAAGAACACUUCCAUCGAAACAACAUAAACAGACAGUUGGACAUCAAUUUCGCGAGAGUUUAAAUCAACUAAUUACAACACUUCAUUCAACAACUCCACAUUAUGUUCAUGAAGAUCGCUAUCGAUUGGGGCAUACGCAAAUAUUCUUUAGAGCUGGUCAAGUUGCUUAUCUUGAACAGUUGAGAAGUGAUUUAAGACGAAAAUACGUCAUAAAAAUACAAUCGGUAAUCAGGGGAUUUAUUUGUCGAAGGCGAUAUUUGAAGCUAAGAAGAACAGCUUUAGGACUUCAAGCGCAUGCACGAGGAAUGUUUGCAAGACGAAAAGCAAAAGAAAUGCGAGAAAAUCGUGCUGCAAUUCAGAUUCAACGUUUCAUGAAAGGAUGGUAUCGUCGAAGGUUGUACUUGAAAGCGAAACGAAGUGUUGUUGCAAUUCAACGUUAUGGACGAGGAUACUUGGCGAGAAAGAGAUUUACAAAUGUUUUACAACAUCACAAAGCAACAGAAAUUCAGAGAUACUGUCGUGGUUAUUUGGCGAGAAAAAGUUAUAACAGAAAGAUUAGAAACAUUGUCAUUGUUCAAUCUUGUGUUCGUCGUUUCUUGGCUAAAAAGAAACUUAAAAAGUUAAAAGAAGAAGCUCGAUCAAUAACACAUUUGCAGACAAAAUAUAAAGGAUUGGAGAAUAAAAUCAUUCAACUUCAACAGAAGUUUGAUGCCACAAACAAAGAGAACAUUGCACUAAAAUCUCAAAUUGCUGUUAUUCCUGAAUUGAGAGCAAAAGUGGAAGUUUUCAAAAACAUUGAAAAUGAAUUGAGAACCGUGAAAAUGAAUCUAAGUGAAAAAGAAGAUCAGCUAAUUUCAGUUCAAAAGAAACUUGAUCGGGAACGUGACGAGAAAAUGGCGAUAAUUGAAGAGAAGACUAAAGACGACGAAGAAUGGCUGAUUGAGAAGAAUCAAUGGCAAAUUGAGAGACAAGAAAUGAAGAAGCAAUUAAAUGAAAUGAUUGAGACGUCGAAAAAUGAAAAGAACGCAAGUUUAAGUGAAGUUGAAACAAAUGAAAUUAAUCAAGCUUAUCAAAAAUUAGUUAAGCAAAAAGUAUCCUUGGAUCAUGAGAAUGCUCAACUUAAAAAAGAAAUUAAACGUCUUCAAAUGAUCAUUUCAAGUCCACAAGAAAUUGAUCAACUCAAACAUCCAAUAAUCAUUGGUGAUGAAGAUUUUGGGUAUUCAUCAAGUCGCAAUACUCUCGAAAAGAAUCACAAAUCAUCAAAUGCAUCGUCAUCACAAUUUUCCGAAGGUGAAUUUAAUUCUUUACAUCAUUCCAACAUUCAAAAUAGUUUUUCGACAACAUCAACUAUCGAACGAAAAUUGAAAAGUUUAUUCGGUUUCUCGAAUCGUGAAGAACAUGUCACGUCAACAUCAAACAGCAGUCCAAUACAAAAUCAAGACACGACAGUUCUCAUGCUUCGUUUAAGAAAACUUUUAGAAGAAGAAAAGAUGAAAGGUGAUUCAUUGCGUAAUGAAGUUGAAUGGUUGAAGAGGAAGAGCAGCAACAUGACAUUGAACACCGUUGACUCGUUGAAAAUCUCUGAACUUGAAGUUGAAAAUGCGAAAUUGCGUCAGGAUUAUCAAUUGCUACGUAACAGUGUCAUUCGAGGUGUUGAACAACAAGAACUUGAAUCGCAAUAUAAAUCAGUUGUGGAAGAGUCGCUUAGACGACGCGACGAGUGCAUUCAAUUGAAAUCAGCAUUAAGCCAACAAUUACGUCAAUUUGCAUCACAGCCAGACUCGAAAGAUGUUUCGAUGAGAAGCUACGAAGGUAAUGACUUGAAUGAAGCAUUCCAAGCACAAAAGUUGGCAAAUAAACAACUUGAAAUGGAACUCACAGCAUUGACAGAGGAACACAACAUGAAACUCACUGAAAUGAUGAAGGAAAUUGAUAAUCUUCGAAAUGAAAAGUGUAUGUUAGAGAUAAUCAUCCAAGACAAACUUGAUAUUGAUGUUGACGAUGUGGAAAUUGGUCAUCAACCAGCAUCAGCUCGACAGAAGGAAUGUUACUUACGAUUGGAAGUCGAACGUACAUCAUCUGCUUAUGUUGACACUCAAGAGAAACUAAAUACAGCGAAAAGACAAAUUAAACAACUUGAAGAACAAAUUUCCAUCUUAACCAACCGAUUGAGAGAAAAUGGUUUGGUUGAUUCAAUGAUUCUGAAUAAUUCAGAUGUUAAUGGCGAUGUUGUCACAGUACUUAAAAAGAAAGCACAAAGUUAUCAAGGAAUCUUAAAACAUCAAUAUUCUAACGAGAAGAAAAUCUUACAACGACUCGUCACUGAUCUCACGCCAAGAAUUGCCAUCACAUUGCUUCCAAAUCUUCCAGCUUACAUUUUGUUCAUGUGCAUUCGUUACACUGACUUGUUAAAUGCCGACGAUCAAGUGAAAACUUUACUUACAAACUUUAUUUUAUCGGUGAAGAAAUUGUUCAAAUUACCGAAUAAAGUUGAGACAAGAAUCUUAUGGAUCGUCAAUUCAAUAACGUUGCAUAAUCUGUUGAAGCAAUAUGGUGGAGAUGAAGACUACAUGCAAUUUAACACUGAUUUACAAAAUCAACAACAAUUAAAGAAUUUUGAUUUGAGUGAAUAUCGACAAGUGAUUUACGAUGCAAUUAUCUACAUGUAUGAGACGCUUAUAAAGCAGAUACAAGAGUCGAUCAGACCACUCAUUGUCCCAGCAAUUCUUUACCAUGAUGAGACAGCACGUGGUAAAAGUAGACGUGUAAUGGCGACGGAUUCGCCUGGUACUACGAAUGGAGUUUUACAAGAACCCCAAUCGCUCGUUAAUCAUCUUGAACAUUACUACAAGCAAUUUAUUUUCUUUGGCCUUCAUGAUUGUUACAUCGAGCAGAUUUUCCAACAAUUGUUUUAUUUCAUUUGUGCUAUUGCAUUAAAUAAUUUGAUGUUGAGAAGUGAUUUGUGUACAUGGAAGACUGGAAUGAAGUUGAGGUUCAAUGUUGGAUGUCUCGAAUCGUGGGUGAAACAAAAGAAAAUGCCGAAGACUGUCAUUUCACCAUCAAUGUCAUUGACAGAAGCUGCACUUUUAAUGCAAUCUCGAAAAUCUGAUGCAGAUGUUGAUAGCAUUGUUGAGAUUUGUCCUUCACUUAUGCCAUCGCAAAUUAUGAAGUUGAUUAAAUCCUAUUCGUUGGAUGAUUGUGAAGAUCCAAUUUCAUCGAAGUUCAUCGAGAAACUUUCUAAAAAGCUGAAUGCUUCGGAAAAAGCGUCAUUCACAUUAAACGAGAAUGAAAUUCGUCCAUUGAGUGUUGGCUUCAAUUACUUGGACGUUAAACUUGAAGACAUUGACAUUCCUGAUGUACUUAAACUUAAUGGUUUAGUUACCAAAAUAUAAAUAUGAAAAAAAAAUUUAAAAACUAAAACGUGGAAAAAAGAGAAAUUUGAAGUUACCGCCAUGAUGACGAAAUUUUAUGAUAUUUUUGUUUGGAUAAAAUUUUCUUUCAACAUAAAUUGCAUUGUUUACUGAAUUCUUAACAAUUUAAAAUAUGAAAUUUAAAGACAAAGAAAGAAUUUAUGAAAAUUUUUGAAGUGAACUUCUAAAAUCAAAAGCAAUGAUGCUUUUAAACAAUCUAAUAAAGCGAUGGUAAAGUUUCGAACAAAUUGGCAACUUUUCCAACAAUAGAGAAUAGAAGCAAUAGAAGCUUAAUUCAUGAAAAAUUUUAAUUUUAUAUAUAUUUAGAGAAUAAGAAAUGGUCACAAAACUUACAUUCCUUAGUUGUGCAACUGGCUAUGAGCUGAUGUCCCACUAUAACUUAAUUACUUUAUUUAAUUUGUUAUUCCUAAGGAUAUUAAAAACAAGAUGUUUAAAAAAAUUUGUUAUUUGUGCCAUCUUUUAAAAAGAAACAUUGAAAUUUUGUGGCAGUUGAUUUGACAUUUCCAAGCCAUUACUUCCUUUCUUUAUGUUAUUAACUUCCUUACAAACUAAAUUUAAGAAACAUCUUGCGCAAACUUUAAGUAUUUACAUCCAUUCCAUCCACAUUUACAAUUUUUUAAUUUAUUCAUUUUAAUGAAAUUCUUAAAUUUGCCUUACGAUUCCAAGAAAUGAAAGAAAUUUAAUGAGUGAUAAAGAGAUUGUUGUUAUUUGUAAUCGCAAUGCCUUAGAAUCAAGAUACAAAUGAAUUGAAUAAAUAAAUAUAUUUAUGAAGAAAAUAAUCUUUGAUUAAUCCUGAA